GCUAAAAAUACCGAUCAGAAAACAACAUAACAAAUCGAUUAAUGAAUGAAAUUAUAGUGAGAAAAUUUUAAAAAUUAAAUAUAUAAAAAAGUGCAAUUAAAUAAAAAGAAAAUAUAAGAAAGAAAGACCUUACACAAAGUAUCUAGUAACUGAUUAAAAUGACGGGUGUUUUACCAAAACUAGCCCUUUUUGGGAUCAUAUGUCAGUUAUAUCUGACCACUAUAGCGUCCCAUGACCAAAGUGCACCCAUAAUAUCUGGCAAACGGGCUACACGGGGUCAAUUUCCCUGGCAUGCUCUCAUAUGGCUGGAAGAAGACGAUGAAGAUGUCGAGAUAUGUGGUGGUUCCAUUAUUUCCGACAUAUGGGUUUUAACAGCUGCUCAUUGUCUAGAUAAUCUAACUUCUGUUGUAUUAGCAUUUGGUACCAUAGAUCUUUGGAAUAAUGAACUUAAUAUGAGCUCUUCAGCGUUUUUCAUACAUCCCAAAUAUGAUCCCGACACGUUAUUCAACGAUAUCGCCCUAAUUAAACUACCGACAUCUUUAAAGUUUAAUGAAAACAUAAAAACCAUUGACUUGAUAGAUUCAAAAGAAUCUUCAAACAAUUUUGUGGGCGCUCCAGCCAUUAUAAGUGGUUUUGGUAGGACAAAAGAUAAAGUUGUGAAAUUAUCUCGCUGGUUAUUAUGGGCCACUAUAGAAAUUGUCCCUAAUAAGCAAUGUGAUGAGGCAUACAAAGAGAAAACUCCAGAUACAGUUCUAUGUGCAGUGGGCUCGAAUGGUACUAAUAUGUCUGCAUGCGAUGGUGAUUCUGGUGGCGCUUUAGUUUGGAAGAAUCCAGAUAAUAAGUUUGUGCAAAUAGGGGUAUUUUCCUAUUUAACGCCAAGAAAGUGUUCGAAAUAUCCUACAGGUUAUACUAGAUUAACUUCAUAUUUAGAUUACGUUAAAAACGUAACGGGUUUACAGAUUGGUUAAUUUUAAGAUGGAAAUUUCGAAAAGAUCCCUAAAGGAAUUAUGUCAAUACAGUUAAAUAAACUUGUAC